AUGCUCUCGUCAACACGUUUCCGAGCCGGCGCCCUCCGGCGACUCAUCUCAAAGCAGCCAUCUCACUCAAUUAGCACUUCUACCGCCAAAUCUCGCCUUAUUACCCCAUCAACGCAACUUACCACCAAGUCUCUCCCAAACUUCAGUUCUUCUGCGCCUCGCCCGGCGUCUUUUGCUACCAGCGCAGAAGGACCUGCGAAGCGGGUAAAUACGAACUUUGCUGUGGUUGCAACAGGCGGAAUUCCGUAUCCCGGUAUUCCCAAGAUCGAGGACCCGUAUAAGAAGCGUCAAUGGCAGCUCGAGCAUAUGGCGGGCGCCUUUCGUGUGUUUGCCCGUAUGGGAUUCACUGAAGGAGCCGCGGGACAUAUCAGCGUGAGAGAUCCUGUUGAUCGUAAUACAUUUUGGAUUAACCCAAUGGGAGUUCACUUUGGUAUGCUCAAAGCAAGUGACAUGGUUCACAUCAACGAAGAUGGUCAAGUCAUCGGCGGUAAUCGUGUAGCCGUUAACGCAGCCGGUUUCACAAUCCACUCAGCUAUUCACAAAGCCAGGCCCGAUAUUGACGCUGCGUGCCACGCGCACUCUAAGUACGGCAAGGCAUGGUCAACCUUCGGCAGGCCUCUAGACAUGAUCAGCCAAGACGCAUGUAUCUUUUACAAAGACCACAGCGUAUACUCCGACUUUGGAGGCGUUGUCUUUGAAGAUGAUGAGGGUGCUCGCAUAGCUCAAGCCCUGGGUCCUAAGAACCGAUCAGUCAUUCUUCAAAACCAUGGCUUGUUGGCAGCUGGAGGAACAGUUGACGAAGCGGCGUAUUUGUUCUCUCUCAUGGAGAGGACGUGUGAGGUUCAACUCUUGGUUGAGAGUGCUAAGUUGCCUAGGAACACUAUUGGUGAUGAGGCAGCUGAGUAUACUUAUCGAUAUAAUGCUGACCCGGAAGCAUUGUAUACAGAGUUUCAACCUGACUUCGAAUAUGAAGUUUGGAAGUCUAAUGGAGAGCUUCGGGCUGGAGUCAAUUGA